AUGAGUCUGGAGGAGCUGGUUCCAUCAAACAAGUCCCAUAUAUAUGCAAUCUUAAUUAGAACGGCACUGGUUGUCUCUACCCUGGUAGUCGGUCUCUGCAUCCCCUUCUUUGGUCUGGUGAUGUCGUUCAUCGGAUCUUUAUUCACAAUGCUUGUAACCUUGAUACUUCCUUGUGCUUGUUAUCUGAGUAUCCUGAGAGGGCGAGUAACUCGGCUUCAGGCAACACUUUGUAUUAUAAUCAUUAUAGUAGGUGUUGUAUCAUCUGCCUUUGGAACGUAUUCGGCGGUUUCGAAGAUUAUUCAGAGCUUGAUUCGCUGA